CUCGUUCCUCCCAUCGCCCUCGUGUACGCUAACGUGCUCGUCGUCGCCCACGUCGUCCCUCACGCCAGCCUGGCCGGAUGUACUGCGUCUGAACUCAUCUCCCUGUCCCUCCAAUGCGCGAAUUCAACACCGUCGUUCUCGGAGCCGGAGGUGUCGGCAAAUCCGCUCUAACUGUGCGCUUUGUACGCGACGAGUUUGUAGAGAAUUACGACCCCACUAUUGAAGAGGAAUACCGUACCACUGUGAACGUCGAUGGCAUCCCCGUUGCUCUCGAGAUAUUGGAUACCGCAGGCGCAGAGCAAUUUAUCGCUUUGAAUGAGACCUACAUCAAGUCAGGUCGCGGCUUCAUUCUCGUCUUCAGUUUGACGCAGGAGGCCAGCAUCUCGGAAAUCGACAGCUUACGACAACAAAUAUACAAGGUCAAGGGGGAGAACAGCAAUGUCCCAAUAGUCGUCGUCGGCACCAAACUCGACCUCGCGAACGAACGUGAAGUCCAGCGCUCAACAAUCCAAGAACUCUCGACCCGGUGGGGUCUGCCCUUCUACGAGACCUCAGCCAAGAAGAACUGGCAGGUCAAGAAUGUAUUCGAGGAUCUCAUCAGGCAGAUGAUGAAGCGAUAUCCGCACGAGCCACCAAAGAAGAGAAAGAAAUCCAGGGGCUUCUGCAUCAUUAUGUGAUUGUAACCCCGAAAGCCUCGGUUGGUGGCGGCGACACUUGCAGGUGUCGGCGGCGGCAGCUGCUAGCAUCACAGCUGAACGUUCGUGCGGGAAACUUUCGGGCUACCUCCUGGUGAGAUAAGGGCGUUAUAUUAGGCGGUGUGGUACAUCUCACGAGAAUCUUACGUGGCGUUGGAUCAUGAUGAUCACAUAUAUUUUCUUGUUUGUUUUCUCUUUUCCCGAUUUGCUUACUCGCGCUCUCUCUACACAGACUCUCGCUUCCUCUCUUUUUCUGCUCCCCAAACUAUCUUAUCAUUCCGUACUCGCUCUCUCAUACACUGAACCCGUUCUUUUUGUAUUUGUCUCGGUCUUGCUUAAACCAGACCUUUUACGACCCACAACCUUACUUGCUCAACUAUUAUAUACCACUAUUCUGUCAUGUCUUAUGAUUUCACCCUAUCGAUCCUUUGCAUACAAUUCAGAGGUGGGUUGAAGGCCUCUUCUGAAACAAAGGUCCAGGAGGGUUUCACGGUUGAAAGGAUGUUUAUCUGAAUGUUGGCUUGGUGUGCGUUUCUUGUCGUGAUGCUGGUUUUAUUCGAUUAGCUCGGACUUCAGGUUAUUUUGCGCAGCUCUUGGCUUUUCUUCCUCGUCUUCGCCUUGGUUGCUUUUACUUG